AUGGCGGAGAAGGAGAAGAGCCCGUCAACUUACAAGGGCUUUGUCGCUGGCAUGUUCAGUGGGGUGAGUAAACAUACUGUCGGGCACCCUUUCGAUACGAUUAAGGUCAGACUUCAAACCUCCGAUGCCAGCAAGUUCUCAGGUCCGUUGCAAUGCCUCACGCAUACGAUACGGAAGGAAGGCGUAGCUGGGCUUUACAAGGGCGCUACCCCCCCUCUAGUAGGAUGGAUCUUCGUCGAUAGCAUAUUGCUGGGCUCCCUAGCCUUCUACCGCCAACUUCUCCACCGCACCCUCUUCACUCCCCCAUACGCCUCCCCCUCCUCCCUCGCCGAGCGCAACUUCGACCCCACCACAACCCACAAAUUGCCCUCGCUCGGGCACGCCAUGGCCGGGGUUAUGGCCGGCGCAACCGUCUCAUUCAUCGCGUCGCCCAUCGAACACAUAAAAGCGCGUCUCCAAAUCCAGUACUCCUCCAAGAAAUCCGAGCGCCUCUAUUCCGGCCCUGUCUCCUGCUUCAAGAAGAUCUACGCCCACCAUGGGAUUCCCGGCAUCUACCACGGCCUCUCAUCAACCUUGCUGUUCAGAUCAUUCUUCUUCUUCUGGUGGGGCAGUUACGACGUCUUCACACGCCUGUUGACGACGCACACGGGAUUGAGUACUCCGGCCGUGAAUUUUUGGGCUGGCGGCCUAAGCGCGCAGGUCUUCUGGAUCACGAGUUUUCCGAGCGACGUCGUAAAACAGCGCAUCAUGACGGAUCCUCUUGGUGGCGGGCUGGGGGACGGCGAGAGGAGGUUUAGGAGAUGGAGGGACGCGGCUAGGGCAGUGUAUAGGGAGGGUGGAGUGAGGGGAUACUGGAGGGGGUUUCUGCCGUGUUUUGUGAGGGCGUUCCCGGCGAAUGCAAUUGCGCUGGUCGGAUUUGAAGCGGCCAUGAGGCAUUUGCCUUGA